CAAGCUCCGAAGCACUAUCUCGUAGUAGUGCAAUUCAGGAAGUCUGACACAAGCAUCGAGUCUUCGGGUUCAUGUUACCAUCUCUACUAGCUAUUUAAACUUAGUUUGUCUCACGCUUAACAGUGAACUGAACUGGCGGGGCUUUGAAUAAGCACUUAAAAUGUUCAAAGUUAUCCUAAUUAUAACAACACGCCAUAUUAUUGUGAUAAAACAGAACAUUAGAGAGGCCGCUAACUGUUUAAUUUGCGUUAUUAAUGUAAAGUUGUAAACCGGAUGCAAAAUACACGAAUAGCGCUUAUCCCACAAUGCAAUGUAACCGUCCCUUUACGAUGACGUAAUAGCGUCGCGCCUUAUGCGGCUGCUGCACUGAUCAGGCUGCAGUGGAUGAAAAUCUUCCAGCCGAGACUCACAAUCACUUUAAAGCAACCAUGUCCCAGCCAGCUGGCUCCUCCGCACCGGACAGUGCCACACUGGUGGUGACCACCAAUGUGCACCAGUACUCCAUGAAGAAAAAGAAAGUUCUGAACGCAGAGGAGAGUGAGCUGUUUGAACUGACCCAGGCUGCGGGCAUCAGCGUCGACCAGGAGGUGUUCAAGAUCAUAGUGGACUUGCUGAAGAUGAAUGUGGCCCCUCAAGCUGUCUUUGAGACUUUGAAGGCGAUGUCUGCGGGCCAGAGGGUCCCUGAGAGCAGCAGCAGCGGAGACUCUGCAACAAGCUCCCACGGCACCGGGAUCCCCUCUGCAACGGCAGAGACAAGAGACGAGUGUUUGGUCUCUGGGAAGAGCCCUAAGCUUCCUGCAGCUCCCUCCUCGACGUCUGGCCCCAGGGCCGCCAGGGUCAGCACUAAGAUUGUGGUCUACGGCCCCCAAGACGUUAACGCUCCUCACUCUCAAGUGCGAAGCAAAGCAUCUGCCGCACCUUCGUCGUCAACCAGCCAUGGCGAGAAGAGCCGCGAGGCCUCCGGCCAGCGAGUGCAGCGGCAGCCCAGCGCCACUAGAGGACAGAAGACCAAAAGCUCUGGCAGCAGUAGCUCCUCCUCGCAGUUGAACUCUACGUAACACCCCAUCAUUUGUGUGUGCAAACUAUGUGCUAUAACUCAGCAAGGCUAAUUAACAUUCUACCACCCGUAUGGAUGUAUUCACUAAUAACUAGAAAAAGAAGUUCCCACUUUGACAGCUGUUACUGUAAGCUAAUGUGUCCUUAAAUUAUUUUGUUUUGUUGCCACGCUAUGAAAUGGUGGACCUUUUUUGUAAAUACAAGUAAAAUCCUCCAUAUACAUUGUGCAACCUUUUUAAUAUAAUAAAUUUGCACAUUUUCUGUUUAUUUGUGCUAGGUUUUUCCUGUGCCGACUGAUCACAUUGGCAGCAAUAGCUGGACAUAAACAAUUCUGUAGUGUAUACAAUAUUCCCUCAUCCCUCACCGUUACGUGUCUUGACAGGCGUCUUCAAGGAGUGAGUCGUUUCACUUUAUUUCCGUUGUAUUGUACACUGACUGACUUCUUUU